CAAAAAAACAGAUUGUCUGCUCUGGAAGGAGGAUAUCUGUCAGAAGAUGGCAUGGAAAUGUCUGAUACGGAAGAUAAUGAGGAAAGUAUCUUUUACACUAACAGAAAUGAACCACUGCAAGACGUAGAGGAUGAUGAUAAUCUGGAAAAUGAACCUACUUUACAUGAAGAACAAGUUGAUGUGCAUGAUCCCCCUCUGAUUCUAGAAACUGUGGCAUCUAAAGCAGGAGAAAACUCUGCUUGUUCGACUUGGGUGUUAGACAAGAGGAAGCCGAUUUGGAAGAAGAGUACAUUUCAGUUUUCUGAGUCAAAUAUUAAAUUUGAAGGAAGCACUGAUCUAGGUAUUGAAAUAACAGCCCUAAAGACACCAUAUCAAUGCUUCAACUAUUUUUUUACACCUGAACUUUGUAACAAAAUAAUAUCAGAAACUAAUCUAUAUGCCACCCAAUUAAAUCCUGAAAAUAGAUUUAAUUUGUCUCAUUAUGACCUGAAAAAGUUUUUAGGCAUUCUGCUUUACAUAAUUCCUAAUAACAAACUACCAGACAAAAAAAGAGAUGAUGAAAAAAAUACCCCUAGGGGUACUUAUGAAGAAAGAACAGCAUCAUAUGACGGAAUUGAUUUAGCUUGCAUGGCAUGGAAGGACAAUAAAAUAGUGACUAUGUUAUCAAGUAACGUAGGAGCAGAGCCUGUUUCAACCGUCAAAAGGUUUGAUAAAAAGACGAGGGAAAGAGUUGAUAUAUUGUGUCCAAAGUCCAUUACAGAAUAUAACAGUCAUAUGGGGGGUGUUGACUUGUUAGAUAGUUUCUUGGGUGAGUUCAGAAACGAGCUGGCCUAUGUUUUAUGUAACUCAGGCACAAAUGAAAAUAAAAGAGGUCGGCCUAGCUCUUCCAGCCUGGAGCAGGAGUUGCAAGCUAAGAAGAAGAGGUUACAAUCAAAAGCAAUCCCUCCAUUGGAUAUACGGAUGGAUGGUCUAGGGCACUGGCCAGAUGUUGGUGUGUCGCUUCGUUCGAUAAAUAUCCAGAUCAGAGGCAAGAAAUUAUUCAAUCUGCCACAGCGUUGGGAAAUGGGAGAAGCUUAUAACUAUGAUAAUAGAUUCCCUUACACCGCCAUUAUGUCUGCACAACGAUCGACUCAACUGGGGAAAUGA